CGAAUUGUUCAUGACGUCAGGAACUUUAGUGGAAGACUGUACAGCUCUACUGUAGACAGCACGCUGCAAAAAGAAACAGAAUCAUGUCUGCUGCAGCUUUUACAGCACAGCAAGCCAUACAAGCAGGGGCUUGGGGAAGUCAACCUCCCUCCGAGAAUGGGACAGGAAAUAGCACAGUCUUUCAGAAUCCUGAAUGGGAAAAGGCUAGAAAAGCAUUAGAGAAAGUUAAAGGGGAAAGUGGAUCAAGCACAUCUCCAAAUAAAUCUAAAAGUUUGACUGAACAACCAAGUGAUAAUGCUCAGAAUGCAGCUGCACAGAUGUAUUAUCAGCAAUACAAUUUGUACUACCAGCAACAGCCACCACAACCACAGUUUUAUCCAGGAACAAACUAUCCAGUUUAUGGCCAACAGGGACCAGACCCACGAAUGCAGCAUGGAAAUUUUAAUGGAUAUGGUGCUCCACCUCCUCCACCACCACCAGAUGAUCAAAGUCAAUUGUCAAAUGCUAUGGAUAUUGAUGAACGGCCCUUACAUAAUGAUAAUCAGAGUCAAAACCAAAAUGUGCAGCCACAAUUCCGUCCUAGACAAAUACUAAAUCAUGGGCCUCGUGGACCAAGAUUUCAGAACAGGCCAAGACAUCCAGGUGGUGUUCAGGGCAUAAGAUUUCAGAUCCCAAAAAGACAACAAGGAGGUAAUAACAAUAAUUACCAGCAAAACAUAAAUCCUAGACAUUUUCCUCCUCGUGGGCCCAGGCCAGGCAAACUACAGGACCAGAGGCAGAAGACUGAACAUCAGGAAAAUACAUCUAAUCAGCAACAAAUGCAAGCCCCGUCGAGUAAUUCUUCAGAAAAUGGAAUUCACAAAAGUGACAACGGGGAUGCAAACAUUUCAGCUGCUGCCAACCAAGAGUGGCCCCCUGCUCUCAGAGAGUAUGUCCAAAGAGCAUUUGCUAGUGCUAAAGAUGAAAGUCAGAAGGAUUCUAUACAGACCUUCCUGAAGGACAGUCUUACAAAUAUUUUCAAAUCGGGUGCCGUUUUCACGAUUGAUUGGACAAAAGAGCCGCUCCCUACAGAACGUUUACAACACGUGCCGCAGCAUACUCCUGGCAAACAGCAGGGUCCAAAUAACAGUAAUAUGGCAAAAAAUAGUCCCUGGCAGCUCAAUAAUCAACGUGGUCGGGGUCGAGGAAGAGGGCGUGGCCGCGGUGCUCAGAUGUCUAACAAAACACAAACUACAGGCAGGGGUGUGUACAACCGAGACAGAGUGCCCACCUACAGGUCAAGGUCCUUCUCUACUUCAAGCUCAAGCUCAUCAAGGUCACGCUCAAGGUCACCUGUGCGUCGUAGAAGGCGUUCAAGGUCACGGUCACCCUCUCCACGAAGGAGACGACAGAGGCACUCCAGUUCAGACAGUAACUCUAGUUACUCUGAUGGUCCUUACCACCUUCAUAAAGACCAGCGAAAGAAUAGCUACCGGGGAAGAGGAGGAAGGAAGUACACGCUUGAUGUGCGAGGCAAGAAUAAGGGGCCCGGUAAAAAGCCUAACAAUGAGGUGGCUUUCAACAAAAAGAAUAACAAGAAACGAUCAAAAAACCAGUUUCCAAUAGAUGAUGAUCCUGAUAAAGAAGCAAAGCUACUGAAGAGAGCAGCAAGGUUUGAACACCACUUAGGAAAUGAUGCAAAGAAGCAAAAACAGACUCGAACACUUACGAUAAAUGCAUACACAAAUUCAGAUGAAGAGGACCUAGAUCUGUCCAGUUUUGAUAUUGUUGGAACUUGUCAGGACAUUGAAAAACCAUAUCUGAGACUCACAACUGCACCAGAUGCUAGUCAAAUCCGCCCACUGGAAAUUUUGAGGAAGUCUUUGGAGCAUGUGAAGGAAUGCUGGACAAAGAAAAAUAAAUAUCAUUUUGUAUGUGAACAGUUCAAGUCUAUACGACAAGAUCUUACGGUGCAGGGUAUCCGGAGCAACUUUACAGUGGAGGUGUACGAGACACAUGCCCGAGUAGCACUAGAGAAGGGUGAUCAUGAGGAGUUCAACCAAUGCCAAACCCAGUUAAAGCUGCUGUAUCAGGAGGGAUUACAUGGACACCAACUCGAGUUCCUUGCCUACAGGAUUCUUUACUACAUCUUCACAUCUAACACGCUCGAUAUGACAACUGCCUUGGCAUCCCUCACUUCAACUUGCAGGCAAGAUGAGUGUGUGUCGUUUGCAUUAAAAGUAAGGUCUGCUUGGGCCUUGAAUAAUUUUCACAAAUUUUUCAAAUUGUUCAGUCAUGCACCAAGAAUGUCUGGGUAUCUGUUGGACUGGUUUGCUGACAGAGCAAGGAAAACAGCACUGAAGACAAUAGUAAAGUCAUAUCGCCCAAUGCUGCCAAUAGAUUUCAUCGAGGCUGAAUUAGGCUUCCCAAACAUGGAGGAUUGUAUAGUAUUCUUGAAGGAAAAGGGAGCAAUCUUGACUCCUGAUGGAACCAAAGUGGACUGUAAAACGUGUGCGACAAUUAUUCAGGCUUUGUAGAUUGACUUAAAAAUUAGAAGGCAGGUCCUUACAUCAUAUUCCGCGAAAGGCAGGUUGCUAUAAUUAUCAGUUCUAGUCAAAAUAUCAAACCAGAAAUCCAAGGCAAGGACUAGUAAAUCAUGUGCCAUUGCCUAGUCAGAGUUGUUGAGUACGAUGUUGAUGAAGUUUUUAUUUUCUAUUUCUUGAGAGGAAGAUCCACAUUCCAAAGACUCAAAUAAUUUAGAAAAAAAGAGAAUUUCCAGUUUUGAUGUGGAGCUGUAUCGUGUUGUGAUAUUGGAAUGGAAGUAAAACCGUAAUUGAUCACAUCAGUUUAUCUAGUAUCAAAGACUGCAUGUAUUUCACAGACUUGGAAGAUUUUCUUCUCGCAAUCAAAUCAAAUGAUCAUUUCAAAUCUAUUCAUUUUCGUCAUUUCCCUAGAGCGUGCAACAGCUGUGAAGUUCCCAAACAAGUAUUUAUACUUGUAUAAUCGCGUCAACAAGAAGACACUACUGUUAGAACUUUUAACCAUGCCUUUUGUAAUCCUCGGGAGUUAUUUUUACCAGAGAGUAAUACCAGUGAUGAAGAUUUUAUCAAAAUGAAGCCGCUUAUAUUCCAACCAGGAAAUUUUAAGUCAAAAUUUUGAUUAUACCUAGCAGCAUGAUGGCAUCACCUUGAGCAUGGAAGUGGAAGGUCAGAAAGUCAACAGAUGGUCACAUCUAUCUUCCAUGCAUUAAUAGUUGGGAGGUAGAUGUGACUAGCCUGAUAGAUGCUGAUGCUGGCCGGGUGUCAUCGUAUCACUCCGUUGUGUUCCUGUCCUAUGAAUCUCGCCCAUCUGGUCAUAUGUGUGUAUUUAUAUGUUGCAGUUUUGUAUUAAUUAACAUUUUUUCUCCAAGGAUCAGGUUUUAUCCAGCCAAAAGCAUGAUCUUCAAAGAUAGAAUUUUCUCCAGUUAACAUUUAUUCUAAGGAACAAACUUUCUCUCUUCACAAACUAUGGUUCUCCAAAGAGUAUAUCUGUUUGACUUCCAUAUUAAGAGAAACUUUCAAGUGAAGAACUGGAUAAAUGUGUGUAAUGAACAAAUCUUGUAAAUAGUCAGCGAUGCAGACUUGCAUAGUGAACUCAUUGGCGAAGAGAAUGCUAGAGGAACAACUGUUAGCUCCAUGACCAAACACUGCAUGCAGUGCAGUAAAACUUCAAUAUAUUUUUUUUCAGGUAAAGACUUAUGAGAUUCAGUGUUCCAAAUAUGGACAAAAUACUUUUUAUUUUCAGCUCUGGAAGAAGUGAAUUGCUGGUUUAUGAAAAAAAUGAACAUUGUUUCCAUUAUUUUUAAAUUACAAGGGAGAUUGAGGUAAUCAUUAGUUGUCUUUAUUUCAGGCCAUUAUAGUGCUUGAUCAUUGUGAAUAUUUGUGUGAGACGAGAGUGAGAGUGUAGUAAUUUAUCUGUGAUAAUAUGUACCUUAUAAAAAUCUCAGAUUUGAAAGAAAGAAUAGUAGCAUAUGCAUACAAUUGUUGUUUCUUAUUUCAGAUUGAAAGCCUACACACUUAAAGGUUCGUUAUAUAUAUAUAUGAAUGUUUAUAUUGUAUAAAAUGUGUAUGUUGCCAAUUUUUAAAAAAAGAAAAUCAUGAAAGAAAUUUAAAAAAUGAACAAAAUCACUUACAAAAAGUGAAAGAAUGAAGAAUUUACAAAAAAAAUAAAAACCUAUUUCCAGUCCAUCGAUUUGUGCAUAUUUUAUACUGCAUGCCUUCUCACAUUACUUGAACAGGUUAAUCUUUUUAUAGUAUUUCCUUAUUUUGUGUAGUGCUCAACAUGAAAUGCAUUUAUUUUAUUUAAUAGGGAGACUUUAUUUGUGACUGUGACAAAUGGAGUAGGUCCUGUAUUGUCUCAACAGGAAAACAAUGUACCUUAGAGUAAUAUUUUAUGAUGUACCUUUAGGGUUUGUAUAUAUUCUACAAAAAUUGUGACUAGAUUUUUAGUCAACCAUCAUCAUCUAGCGAACUGUCAAAAUUGCCCUACACUCAGUCACCAUAGGUCAUCAUAAAGGAUUGUUGUUUAACCUCUUAUGCAAGAUUUUGUUUGUUGUAUGCCCUUCUUAACAGUGGAGGACAUUACCACUGGUGUGUUUUUAGGGUCACCUGAGACAAGUCUCAAGUGACCUAUUCUAACCGAACUUUUGUCUGUCGUCCGAAAACAAUUUUUAUUUUUGACUUCUCCGAAAACCGCUGAACCAAAUUCAAUGAAAUUUGGCAGGAAGCUUCCAUGGCCAAAGGUCAACCAAAAUUGUGAAUUAUAUGGUCAACUCCCAGAUAUGGAAGAAUCAAAUACUCUUCACAGAUAGAGAGGUCUUAGGUGGUUUACCACAAUUGUGAAUUUCAUGACCUUGGGGGUUUUGCUGAACGAUAGUUUAUAUAGGGAAAUGACAAUUUUGACUAUCAUCUGUUUCAUUUCUUUUGGGAUUCAUCCCAACUUUGAUAACAUUAUCAGCAUGGGAUGACAGCUUGAUGGUAUUCACAUGUUGGCCCUGACUGACCCACUGGGCUGAUAGGCGGGGCCAAAGAUGUUAAAUUUAACUUAAAUAUUUCAAAACUCAGGUGACUGUUAAGGUCGUCCAUAGGCCUCUUGUUUAACCUUCUGUGUCUAGUCUGUCAAUCACAAGUAUACAAGAACAAUGAAAUGUAUUUCAUCAUUGGGCACACUAUUGGUGUACUAUAAACAGUAACCUGUUAUCUUCACUGUCGGGUCAAAAGUUUUCCCCUACAUUCUAAUUUUACUAUAUGAUCGUACCAUUUAAACAUUUUUUUCGAAGUAUUUUCCUGGAUUUGUUAAUGGGCUGAUUUUAGCAAAAGUUUGUAUGCUGAAAAAGUUUUAUCUAAAUUUCUUUUGAUAAAAUUUUUAUUGUUUUUUUAUUUUCCGUUGUCAUUUGAGAAAUUCAAAUUUAUUUUACAAUAUGAAUUUUUGUUAUGUCAUUUUGAUGAUAAUUUGGUAAGUUAGUAAUGACGACGGUGCCACAGGAAAUAGUUGUUUCUUUUAAUUUCUACCUACAUAUGUGGUAUUAUGCAUCAAAAUUUUACGUGAAAAAUGUCUACAUAUUUCUUUUUCAACACACAAAAUCAAAAAAAAAAAAAAAAAACAUGAAUGAAGGCAGGGCAAGUAAAUGAAAAAAAUGAAAAUACAAAGAAAUUGUAGCAGAACCAAGUUAUGCAGAAAGACUUUUGACCCGAAACUAGUUGCUAUACAUUUUCCGAAAGGUUACCUGUUCGCUUUCUCUCUCCCUCUCUCUCUCUCUCUCUCUCUCUCUCUCUGAUUACGAGAUAAGAUAUUAGUUUUGAGAAUAUUUCCAAAAAGAUGUGUUAUCUUGUUUAUCCUGUUCAUAUAAGUUGGUGCAAAACUAAAUUAAAACAGCGCACCAACAAUGAUUGCCAUAGAAACCAACGUAUAUUAACUACAAUUGGGGCAAUCCUAAUUCAGUGGAAUGUUUACAGUAUCGCACCCAUCUGUUUAAAGCACAGAAUCUGUCAGUGGUAACACAUACAGUUUGAUUUCAAUAUAACAUUUGAUAUAUCCUUUGAUCAACAAAAUCUGUAAAAAUUGUACUCCUGAUGAGUGUUCUUUGCUGAAAACUUACAAUCCAGGACGAAAUUUCUGUCAUUAAUAAGCAAUUUAAAGUGUGUUACAUUAAAUAUUUUCUAACUGUAUGCAAUAAAACAUUGAAUACCGUAA